GGAUCUCCCUCUAAAGUCUUCCUUGUGCCGCCAACAACGCCUCCUCCCCAAAUACCCCCAAUUUGUUGCCAAACAACAUAUCGAUCUUGCUGCGUGGUUGAGUGCCGAUACUCUCCUUUCCAGAAAUUUCCGGGUUCAGUUGAUUCCCAUCCCCCCUCCUCAGGAAGCCCGCCCACCAUGGGUAGCCGGUUUGUGAAUCUGUUGGCUAGGAGCUACGGCGGCCCCAGAUACUUCAGCCUUCACUGUAUGAAUCCGGAAAACUUAUUUCGCCCAACCCGGUAAGCGGUUCGAGCAGUUCAACCGUUAGCGGACGCUCCGCUGCCUCCCCCAUCUCUGUCAUUCGACUGGCCAUCCAACAAUGGGGAACUGGCGUGGAUGAAUUUCAUGGCUUUCGGCCUCAACCGGGACAAUCUUCUCGCCGUGGACCAAAUCGGUAGGACCUUCUUGUACAACCAUGACUCUCGUUUGCUCCGCACAGGAAUGCCCAAGAUGUGCAGGCCCAUUAUCGACCCCAUCUCCAUUGCCGUGGGCGACAGCCUAUACGUCAUGAGCCGCAACCCUGGCCGGCGGCCGGAUCAGCACUGCUUCCAGGCUCUCAUCCGCAGCCGCCCGCCUGCUAGUGCUAGCAACACCAAAGACUGGUGCUGGUAUUCCCUCCAGCCACCGCCUCUCUUUGCCGAUGGGGUGGAAGUGGAAUCCAGCGGCUGCGACGUCUUAAUGCCCUUUAAAAUCAGCGCCUACACUGUGGUUGGCGAUUCACAGAUCUGGAUAUCUACAUUUGCCGCUGGCACAUACUUGUAUGACACCGCGAGUGACGCAUGGAGCAAAGUAGGCAACUGGGCACUGCCCUUCAGAGGUCGUGCUGAGUACAUCCCUGAGCACAACCUCUGGCUUGGCUUCACACCCAACGAUUUGCAGCUUUGCGCAGCAGACCUCACUACCUCAUGUGAAUUGUGGCCGCCCAUGCUGCAGAAUGAGUGGACAGAUGUGAACAGGCCAGAAGAUUGGAGACUGAGAGAUGCCAGCAUUGUGCUGCUAGGAUCCGGUAAAGUCUGCAUUGCCAGGUUCUUUCUUACUAGACCAGAGGAGAGCAUUGAGGAUAUGUCUGGCCAUGCCCUUCUGGAAAGAGAGAAUUUUGCUGUUCUUGAGGGCGUCAAAGUGUUGAAGGCUGGGGUGGGUCGGCUCCGGAUGGUUAAGCACAAGUCGGAGCGUUAUGUCUUUGGCCGUGACCUUGCCAUACUGCUGUGAUAAUUUGUUCUUCCAUCUAUGGCAAGUGAGUUCUCUUAGAUCAAAGCCGAGUGGGUCGACUGUAUAUUGUCCGACUUUCUAUCGGUCAAUUGUGUUAGAAUAAGUUGUAUAGGGAUAGAAGAGUAGUUUGAAUGUGUAAUCUUUCUCUAUCCCUUCUUCUGUUUUCUCUACCGAUUCCCUCUCUCUCGAUCUCUUCUAUAACCGAUCCAUUGUGAUCGGUCUCAACUUGUAAGCCAAGGCAUCCCUUAUAUAUAUAGCAAUGUGGCCCAAGCAAAGGUUUCAAA